UGACAAAAUGGAACCCACCAGCAGUGUGAGGAGACCUGAAAGUGGCACAUGGCAGAGUGUGGCGAUGGAGACAGCAGCAAUGGGAGGCCGUACAGGGACCCAUGACACACUCUGGACCUGGCAGCAGCAUGAGGAGUCGGUACGGGGGCCCAUGGCAGAUUACGGGCCUGGCAGCAGCAAUGGGAGGCCAUACAGCACCCUAUGACAAAAUGGAACCCACCAGCAGUGUGAGGAGACCUGAAAGUGGCACAUGGCAGAGUGUGGCGAUGGAGACAGCAGCAAUGGGAGGCCGUACAGGGACCCAUGACACACUCUGGACCUGGCAGCAGCAA